AUGAACAAUUUUUGUAACUUGGUCGGUGGUACCGGCGAAGAUAUCACUUCACUACAGAAGACGUACCCGAAACUUUUCAGCGAUACAUUGGGGCUUUGCUCCAAAACCAAAAUUCAACUUUCGCUGAAAGAACCGUGUAGGCCCGUUUUCCGACCAAGGAGGCCGGUAUCGUACGCUAUGUUGCCAGUAGUGGAUAAAGAGCUUGAUCGUUUAGAGCGCCUGCAUAUCAUUUCACCAGUCGACUAUUCCGAGUGGGCUGCUCCAAUAGUUGUAGUGCGCAAGGCCACCGGAAACGUUAGGAUUUGUGGCGACUAUUCGACUGGUUUGAACGAUCGCCUUCAGUCUCACCAGUACCCUCUACCGCUACCACAAGACAUCAUCUCCAAGCUGUCCAACUGCACGGUGUUCAGUCAAAUUGACUUAUCCGACGCCUUCCUUCAAAUGGAAGUGGAUGAAAACAGCCGUCAUUUGCUCACCAUCAACACUCAUCGCGGCCUAUAUCAGUAUAACAGGCUGCCUCCUGGUGUCAAAGCUGCGCCAGGUGCUUUUCAGCAGCUGAUAGAUACGAUGUUGGCAGGUCUUCCAUGUACCGCAGGCUAUUUGGACGACGUAGUAGUGGGUGGCAAAAACGCCGAUGAACACCAGCGCAAUCUCCACGCAGUAUUACAGCGAAUCGAAGAGUUUGGAUUCACCAUCCGACCGGAAAAAUGUUCAUUCGGUAAACAGCAAAUCGGUUACCUAGGCCUUCUGUGGGAUCGUCAUGGAGUCAGGCCAGACCCAGCCAAAAUUGAAGUCAUCAAAAAUUUGCCACCACCGAAGGACAUCACUGGAGUACGCUCUUUUCUAGGAGCCAUAAAUUAUUACGGGAAAUUUGUGCCUAACAUGCGAGCCCUCAGAUUCCCGUUAGAUCAACUCCUCAAAAAUACAACAACAUUUGUGUGGACAGGUGAAUGCCAGCAAGCCUUCAAUAAAUUUAAAGAAAUACUGUCGUCAGGCUUACUUCUUGCGCACUAUGAUCCUAGACAGGAAAUUAUCGUCUCAGCGGACGCGUCAUCUAUCGGAAUAGGCGCAACAAUCAGCCACAAAUAUUCCAAUGGUCACGUCAAAGUGAUCCAGCACGCAUCUCGGGCGCUCACACCGGUUGAACAGCGUUACUCACAAAUCGACCGGGAAGGAUUGGCGAUAAUAUAUGCCGUUAAGAAGUUUCAUAAGUUCAUCUUCGGCAGACGGUUCCGGCUUCAAACAGACCAUGCACCACUGCUGAGGAUUUUUGGGUCCAAAAAAGGAAUUCCGACCUAUACUGCUAAUCGCCUCCAGCGGUGGGCAUUAACGCUCCUCUCCUACGAUUUUUCGAUCGAGUAUGUUUCGACCGAUAAGUUUGGCAAUGCUGAUGUGUUGUCCCGUCUCAUCGACCAGCAUAACAGGCCGGAAGAAGAUGUCAUCAUCGCAUGUACCACUCUAGAGGAAGAUUUAAGGUCAGUAGCCAUCGAUAGCACAAAACAACUGCCCCUUAGUUUUAGCAUGGUUGAAAAGGCAACAGCAUCCGACCCUAUACUACGAAAAAUUUUCCGUUUCAUCAAUGAUGGCUGGCCCAAAUCAAGAUCAGAAGUUAAGGAUCGGGAGAUGUUGAAAUUCUUUGAUCGCCAAGAAGCACUGUCGGUCGUUCAAGGUGGCAUCAUGCUCGGCGACAGACUGGUUAUUCCGACUGUCUUCCGGAAGCGGUGUCUCCAUCAGCUACACAAAGGUCACCCAGGAAUACAGCGAAUGAAGUCAAUUGCACGUAGUUUCGUGUAUUGGCCUGGAUUGGACGAUGAGAUUGUGAGCUUCGUCAAGGCUUGUCGUCAAUGUGCAUUAGCAGUACGGUCGCCACCGAAAGCAGAACCAGAGUCGUGGCGGCCUACAACAGCUCCAUGGCAGCGAGUUCACGCUGAUUACGCGUGCCCUCUUGAUGGCGAGUACUAUCUUCUAGUCAUCGAUGCGCACACCAAGUGGCCCGAGAUUUUUCCGACACGCCAGACAACUUAA